AUGGAUUUAACGAACCAUUUCCCAGAGGUACCAGUGGUCGUGCGUGCUGCCCUCAACAACCUGGCGCAUGGGCUUACAUCUUUAACGAAGCCUCCUGAUUAUGGCAAAACGCAAGCUACAAUUAAUAAAAACCGUAACUACAGUGCCAAAGCUGGAAACGAAUGCGCUAACCCUGGCGAGCCAAGCCUCAACCUCCCACUCACCCUGUUGGGUUCUCUCGUGACUGCAAAGAAAGAUGGCGCAAGCCUUGCGCUUCAUAAGGAAACUCAUGGGCCACUCGAUACCACUGUCAAACAAGGAAUUCCUGCCAAGUACUCUUACUGGAUUGGAAAUAGGGCAGCACGCCUGACUCCCAUUCAGAACCAUCAAUCCCUAUUUUUACCUCAUCGUUACAAAAAGUGCAUAGAGCAUACCUUCAAAUAUGCGGAAAUGAUAAUGAAAUCUGGAGUUCGUGAAUAUAUCGCCUCUUGUGUUAAAUGCCGUAGAUUUAAUGCGCAACCGUACUACUAUCCAGAAACAAAAGACCUCCAACAACUGCUAAUCAGGUGUCGCUCAUUCCAAAACAUAGACCUGGAUUUUUUUUGA